AUGGAGGUUCAGAGAAACCAACACAUUACUCCGUCGUCUCUCUUCGCCGAGACUAUGACAAUGCCAUCAAAGAAGGAGAAAUCCGCUGUUAAGAUCCAAGCCACAGCAGAAGACGUCCCCGUCGUGGAUCUAAGUAUCCCUGAUGAAAAUCUUGUGGCGCGUAUGGUGGUGAAAGUGAGCCAAGAAUGGGGGAUCUUUAAAGUGGUUAAUCACGGGAUCCCGACGGAGCUGAUACGGCGGUUAAAGGAAGUUGGGACGGAGUUUUUCGAGCUUCCCGAGACGGAGAAGGAAGACGUAGCGAGGCCAGCUAACUCCAUAAACAUUGAAGGAUACAACAAAAAUACCUAUAAAAAUGAAGAAGGUAUACAAACCUGGGCCGAUCAUCUCUUUCACACCAUCUGGCCACCAUCAAGAAUCAACUACAGAUUCUGGCCUAAAAAUUCUCCAGAUUACAGAGAGGUAAAUGAGGAGUACGCAAAGCAUGUAAAGAGACUAUCGGAGAAAAUCAUGGGGUGGCUAUCAGAAGGAUUAGGGUUAGGUCGUGAGGCACUGAAAGAAGGUCUCGGCGGAGAAACACUGGAGUAUAUGAUGAAGGUCAUCUUCUAUCCGCCGUGUCCAGAACUCGAUUUGCUCUAUGGAGCUCCGCCUCACACCGAUCUCAAUGGAAUCACAUUCUUGAUCGCUAAUGAAACAGAGGGGCUUCAAGCAUUCAAGGAUAACAAAUGGAUCGAUGUCAAGUAUGACGAGUCUGUGAUCAUCGUCAUCAUCGCGGAUCAAAUCACGAGGAUGAGCAAUGGGAAGUAUAAGAGUGGGGCGCAUAGAGCGACAAUGGAUAAGGAGAAGACGAGAAUCUCUUGGCCGGUUUUUGCCGAACCAAACCUUGAUCACGUUGUCGGAACUUUGCCAGAGCUAAUUACCGGCCACGAUAAUGCUCCCAAAUUCAAGCCUUUUGUCUAUAGUGACUACAAAUACCGUAAACUCAAGAGGCUCCCUCUCUAA